AGGUUCCAAUUUCCCUCUUUUCUUUCUCUCUCAUUGGUCAGUGAUUUGCUCUGCGUUUUUCAGUUUGAAUUUUCCUCCUAUCCAAUCAGCGGAAAGAAAAGGGGAAGGCCAAAUAGAAAGACAAGUUUGAGCAACGAAGUGGAGAAAAUAGAACUCAAAAUACGGGGCUGUCAUGGCGCCUUCCAAGGUGAUUACGACCACGUCAAGGACGAAUCCCGACAUGCCACGUCAGCCAUCCCUAUGCUCUUCGCUCUCCACUCUCCUCGCUGAUCUCCAAAACCAAUCUCAGAACUGCCUUGGCUCCAUGACCAUGGACGAUCUCUUGAAAAACAUCUACUCGUCGACGCCGCCGCAGCCGACUAUUUCUUCCGACGCCCACGCACAGUUCAUCGGCGCCUCCAUCUCACGCGAAGGUAGUUUCUCGCUCCCGAAGGAUUUGGCGAGCAAGUCCGUCGACGAGGUUUGGAAGGAGAUCGUCGCCGGCGGAGGAGGAGAUCAGAGGCGGGAAAGCCUGCUGGAAGAGAUGACUUUGGAGGAUUUUUUGACGAAAGCUGGAGCGGUUAGAGAAGAGGAUGUUGGGGGAGUUGUUAAUCAGGUGGGAGUAGGUGCAGGUAUUUAUCCUGUGGAUCCCGUCGUUAUCGACGGCGGUGGAAGUCAGUUUCCGGCGUUUGGAAACAACAGCAAUUUUGAUCAUCAGAGAUUGGUCGUGGUGCCGGCAGGUGGAGGCGCGAUGAGAGGUAAACGACGCGCCGUGGAGGAACCUUCUUUGGAUAAAGCGACGCAGCGGAAACAGAGGAGGAUGAUCAAGAACAGGGAAUCCGCUGCUAGGUCUAGAGAACGCAAACAGGCAUAUACUGUUGAAUUGGAAUCUAUGGUUUCACAUUUGGAAGAAGAGAACGCUCGGCUGCUAAGAGAAGAGGCUGAGCUGAACAAGGAGAGGUUUAAGCAGCCUUGUGGUUUGACUCUGCCGCAGUUGAUGAAGAACCUCAUCCCCGUCAUGGAGAAGCAAAGACCACGUCGUGUUGUCAGGCGUGUUCAUUCCAUGGAAUGGUAAAUGUUCGGCAGCAGCUCCUUAUUUUUUUUCCUGUCAAUUCUCUGUCCAUAAUUGAAGCUAUGGGAAAUAACUGCAAGAACCAAGCUGAAACUGAAGUGGGGUAUGAGUAAUGAAAGCAAAAACCAAGUUUCAAGCUUGAUCUGGAUUUUACCCAUGUGGAAGAUCUUUUCAGAAACUAAAGUUUGAGGUGUGGGAAAAAGAUGCAUUUUGCUUAGGUUAGGUAAUUGGUGAAUAAAAAAAAAAGGGAAGAAAAAGAAUCUCAUUAGUCAUUUAUGUAAAUCUUGUCAGAAGGGGAAGAUGGUAUGCCAGGCCCGAGAACUGAUCUAACACAAAUUCUGAGUGUAAAAAUUCAUUGGAAUAUUCGAAUGGCCUCACUUUCUUUCCCUA